AUGGCACCGUCGACACCACGGCUGCGAGUACUCUCAGUUGGUGGGAAUCCGCUCUCAGCAUUUCUCUCAUGGCGGCUACAAGCAACACAUUCCUGCGACGUGACGCUUGUGUGGAAAACUACCUACGAGACCGUGUCCCAAUACGGCGUGUCUUUCAAAUCGAGCAAGUACGGAAAUGAGAGGUUCAAGCCACAUGCAGUGGUCCGAACACCCGAGGAGGCCAGCACUAUGGCCGGUGGGUUUGACUACGUGCUCCUUUCGGUCAAGGCUCUGCCCGAUGUCUACGAUCUUGCCUCGAUUAUCGAAUCUGUCGUCACUCCGCAACAUACCUGUAUCCUAGUCAACACUACGACCGCUCUCGGAACUGAGGCCUAUCUUGAGACGCGGUUCCCAACGAAUGUGGUGUUGUCCCUGGUCUCCGGUAUAGCGUUGAGUCAGCUCGGCAGCAGCGAGUUUGAGCACACCGGUGGGUCGGAUAUCUGGGUGGGCUCAGCUAUAGAAAAUGCGAACGUCCCCCAGAGCAUCCAGUACGAUAUGGCCGAAGCACUUGCUUUAACGUUAGCAUCUGGCAGUGUCGAUUGCCAUGUGUCUCUUAAUAUCCGUCAACAGCAAUGGGAGCGGGUACUUGGGCCCAUCGCUUUCCACCCUCUCAGUGUCUUGAUGGAUUGUCCCAACACCACGGCACUCAUGGAGAGGCCCGGCUGCAAGCAACUAAUUAAUGACUUAAUCGAUGAACUCCUCAGGGUUGCAACGGCUCAGAAAUGCACCUUCCCCGCCGACUUCAAACAGAAGUCGAUCGAACAACAGCUGAGCGCAGCUUCGGCUACCAAUAUCAUGUACCAGGAUUUUGCAGCCCGUCGACCUUUGGAGAUCGAGACCUUCCUGGGCUCACCGAUAAAGGCUGCCAGAGCUUUGAAUGUUCCGACUCCGCACCUCAAUACCCUAUACCCAAUUCUUAGCCAUAUAAACCAGCAGAAUCAACUGAAACAACAACCACUGUCUUCGCCAGGGCAGAAUUCGAGACCUGUACCACCAUCACAGAGACUUCCCCCGGGGCCACAUGGACAAGGACGAGGACCACCGCCGAGAGGACCCCCUCCUGGCAGUCGCGGAGGGCUGGAUCCCUCGAUGGCUAGACGUGGACCCCCAUCGCAGCGUGGUAUGCCACCGAACGGGCACCGUCCUCCUCCAGGGGCCAAUGGAGAUUUUGCGCGUCCGGAACUUUCCCGUCGGAAUUCUUUUGACGAUGAUCUGGAGGAGGAAUUUGGCCACAUUGCACUUUACGAUGACAUGGUCGACGGCAUCGAAGCACCGCCGCCGCCUCAAGAUGAUUUCCAGAGGAGAGGACCGCCACCGCACCCGAACGCAGCCGAGCUUGCCCUUAGGGAACGCGAGAUGGCGUUACGCGAACGCGAGCAGAUGCUGAGGGAACAAGAGAGAGCGGCGGCGGCUCGUCAGCAUGGAGGAGGAGGGGGGCGGAGGAAGAUGCCUGUCAGCAAGAGCAGGAGUAUGUAUGGAGAUGAUGAGGAGGAUGACGAUUUCGAUGUCGAUGUCAACCCACCACCGAUGCCGCCGGUUGACGUCGAUAACUUCGAUAUGAUGAGCGUCACUUCCCGAAGAACCCGACGGGUGGCUAGUGCGAGUCAGCGAAACAUUCCGGAGGUACCCAUGGCGCCGUCCCGGGGCCGUCUCUCUCUCAUGUCUCGCAAUAACCGCAACCGUGCUAGCGCUGCUAGUGCGAGGUUGAUGAGUGACGUGCCGGGACUACACGACCCCCUUACAGACACCGCGUUGCUGGGAUAUUCCUCGAACAGAUACGGAAACGUUGACCGAGCGGCCAUGACGAGCACAUCUCGGGCAAACUCGAUGUCUUCGCAACGAGUAGACAUGAGCGACAUCCGGGACAGCCAUGCGUUCGGUGGCGGCGCGUAUCCCCCGAUGCCUAACGGUAACGGUGGUGGCGGUGCAUACCCUCCUAUGCCGAACGGUGGCGGCGGCGGUGCAUACCCUCCUAUGCCGAACGCCAACGGUAAUGGCGCAUACCCUCCGAUGCCGAAUGCCCGUCGAAUGAGCUCAUCCCCGGCCGUAACCCAUACCAACGGAUACGGCCCGCGCAAUGGCCACCCUCAGGGAGGAUACCGUCCUGAUGGCCCCAACAACCGUCCGCCUCCCAAGAACCCCGGUCAAAACGGAUAUCCGCAUCAGGUUGAGCAGCACGUCUCUGAUGGGGUAAGACAACCUCCAAUCAUGAAAGGCCCACCGAGUAACACGGUUCGAAGUACUACGGGUAGCGCUAGUGCGAGCCUAGAUAGCGGAAGCGCGUCCACCGGCGGAGAGACAUCGGCGUAUAGCAGCUCGAGCAGCUUAGAGAAACGGAUACCCAACGGGGUGGCUGUUGCAUAA